AUGAAUGAAGACCAAGCUUCGAGAAGCAAGACCCAAAAGGAUAUGCAUAGAUGGCCUUUGGCAAUGCGGCGAUCGCGGUCCAGCGAAGAAAGCGACCAUGAAGAGCACGACGAAAUUCCACUCCAUCACAAGCGCGCAUUUGGCGCUGGGCUGAAGCGCAAAAAGGUCGAGUUUGUCAGGGCGCAGGACCCCGACGACUACAUUUCUGCGCUUCCGUCGACGAGACGGACCAGCUCCGUCGUCGGCGACCUGUACGCCAGCAUCGUCCUGGGCAGCAGCAACAGCUCCACGCCCAGCCGUGCAGACACCGCCAACACCGACGCAGAGAAUGGUGGCCGCGCCGAGUCCACCUCGGGCCAUCCCAGCCCUCAACAACCGGCCUCCGUGUGUCCCAUCUGCUCGCUCGCCAUCACCACGACGGUAGAGGCCCACGAGGCGUCUCUCGCGCACCAGGUCAGCCUGGAGCACUCGCACCCGCCCUCGGCGCUGGACCGCUCGCGCAUGGGCCUCCGCGCGCUGGCGUCGCAGGGCUGGGACCCGGACGCGCGCGUCGGGCUGGGGCGCGCGGGCGGCGAGGGCACGCGGUACCCGAUCAGGGUGACGCCCAAGGAGGACGUGCUGGGCGUCGGCGCGACGCUGCCGGAGCGGACAGAGGAGGAGAAGAAGGCGGAGGCGGCGGCCAAGGAGGCGAGACGCCAGCUCACGGCCAAGGAGCGCAAGGCGAGGGCCAAGGAGGAGAGGGACAAGGCGGCGCGGUUCCAGGCGGAGAUUUACGGACGGCAAGACUUGGAUCGGUUUCUGAAGGGGGACGGCAAGGAAUGGGAGUGA